AUGAAAUCUAACACUUCAAAACAGAGCCAAAUCAAGAAUACACAAAAGCCAGCACAGUGUAACCCAGACAGUGAGUACAUCACCCCCGAGCUGUUUGAGCUGCAGCAACUCUUCUGGCAAGGCACAAGAGCAGCUUACACCCACGUCAACGAGGUCUGGCCCAGCGUCUACAUCGGUGAUGAAAAGACAGCACUAGAGCUCCACAACUUGGAGACGAUGGGGAUAACACACAUCCUCAGUGCAGCCGAGGGAAAAUGGAACAACGUUGCUACAGGUCCAGACUACUACAAUGGCAUGAAUAUUUACUACUACGGAGUGGAGGCAGAAGACAGUCCAGUUUUCAAUCUCGCACAGUUUUUCUACCCGGCAGCUCAAUUUAUUGAUCAUGCACUCAGCAAUCCCGAGAAUAAACUGCUCGUGCACUGCGUCAUGGGACGAAGUCGAUCAGCUACUUUAUUUCUGGCUUAUUUAAUGAUCUACAAAAAGAUGACUGUUGUCGACGCGAUUGAACAUGUGAAGAAGCAACGCUGCAUUUUACCCAACAGAGGAUUUCUAAAGCAACUCCGAGACCUGGAUAUUCAGCUCCAAGGGCAAAGGGAAGAGACAAAAACUGAGAAUCCAGACAACACAGCCUGAGCCUCACAUCUGGAUUCAUCAUGUGGCUUGUGCUGAAGGGAAUUAAGUACAGGACUUGGAAACAGCCUAUUUUUGCCAAUAGCAUACCUCAGGAGUUUUCGCCUAAUUACAUAUUUAAAAUCAAAAAGCUCAUUUAAAAAGUUUGAAUCCAAUUGAGACUCCUACGACUGGUCUGUAUUUGGGAAAAAAAAAAAAAAAACACUGAAAUGAUGCAAGCAUGAAGUAACAGCAUACAGGAAACAAACAGUCCAGAGCUGGGCUUAAGUCUGUCAGUGGCUCAUCAUAAUUUAUUUUCUGCUAAAAUGUACAGCAUUUAAGUGACUGACUAAAAAGGUAACUCAUAAAUACAGGACUGUUGCUCCAUUAAUUAGUAUAGUCAGGAUAUCCCUCUUACAUCAAACUGCCAUUCUGUACAAGUACAAAGGCUACAAAAUAAGCUAUACAAACAGACACCAAUACAAUUUCUCUUUAUACAUGCC